GCCGGGGCUUACUUCGGUGCCUCCCUUUGUACGGUAGAUGUUAAUGGAGACGACUUCGACGACCUGCUGGUCGGGGCUCCGUACUUCACCGACAGCAACGACGACAGUGAUCACAAGAAGAAAAUCUACAUGGAUGAAGGGCGGGUGUUUGUCUACCUGAACCUCCUCAAUGACAACAGACAGCGGGUCUUGACACAGAGCUCGGUUCUCAAGGGGAAGAAUGAAUACGGAGCCAGAUUUGGAACUUCCAUCAGUAACCUUGGAGACAUCAACGGUGAUUGUUAUGCAGAUGUUGCUGUUGGAGCGCCAUAUGAGGAUGAAGGACGCGGGGCGGUAUACAUCUACCACGGAGGGGAAGGAGGGGUGAACGCCGAGGCCAUGCAGAGAAUAGGAGGCCGCGACAUCAACGACACGGAGACAGUGGCAUCUUUUGGCUGGAGCAUCUCCAAACCUGCCGACGUGGACAGGAAUGGCUACCCCGAUAUCGCUGUCGGGGCGUACCUCUCGGAUUCUGCAGUCAUUCUCAGAACGAGGCCCAUAGUUGACCUCCACGCCAACGUCACGACUGACCCCCAGCUGAUCAUCAAGGACAGGUCUAAUUGUCCGGCGGGGACUAGCGCCGACAGGUGUUUCCUGCUGAGGAUCUGUUUCCACUACACUGGAGUCAGCCUACCUUCCAGCCUCAUAUUUGACUACGUACUCUCGGUGGAUACAUACAAAGGAAAUGGACAAAAGCGUAUACUCAUGAACUCGACACAGGGCUACGUCGACUCCAUAUCUGAUGUAAUAACUGCUAACAGCCAAACAGGGGCGUGCCGGGAGUUUCAAGCCAUCAGUGUAAAUGAUCGAGCAGAUAAGGAUCCGUUCACUGUGGUCCGUGUUGAGGCCACGUACCAACUCCCACAACCGGCGGAUCCCAACUCCGACAUCCAGCCGGUCACAAACAAGUCACGUCCCGACAAACUCAUCAAGGAUGUGGCCUUUCAACUUGAGUGUGGUGAAGACAACCAGUGUUGGUCUGACCUUGUCGUUGACCUGGAGGCGAGCAUCAAUAACGCGGAUGGGGCCGUUAUUAGGGAAGAUAUAAACAAGGAUGUCGUUAUCAACGCGACAAACGGCCUGGUGCUGAACGUGGCUGUCAGGAACGACAUGGAAACCGCAUUCGCCACAGUAGUUUAUGUCACGUGGUCUGGGACUGUGUCGAUGCAGACGACAGAGUCAUCUUCUCAACAACCUGUCGUCUGCGACGGAGACGCCGAGGAAAUCGGGGUAUUCCGAAAUCGGCUGAAAUGUGACGUUCUCCUUCCGGUGUAUUCCAAGGAGAUGUUUGCCUUUCAAGUCUUCUUCACGGCAGAUGAUAUCAGGACUGAUAUGUCCCCGCUAGAAUUUAACGUCUUUGUUCAAACCGGAAGUAACGAGACGACACCGGAUGAUAACAAAGCCAAUCUAACUACUCGCGUCUGGAUCGAUGCUCAAACAGGAAUCAUUGGAAAGUCAGAUCCCGACCAAGUUCUGGUACGGAUGGAUGAACUGGACAAAACCAAGGUUACUAUCGGGCACAAAUACGUCAUCAAGAACGCUGGUCCUAGUUUCUUGCCGGUGAGGACACGAUGUGAGAUCCUACAUGAAGACGGAACAAGCGUCGGCUGUCAGCGAUACAUAAAAAGUAAAGGCAUCGCGCAGAGUUCCACCACAUCAACAACAUCAACGACAACGUCGACUGAACCAGUGGAGACAACGACUGCUUUCUUACCCGUCCUGCCUCCUUCCAAAUUAAAGGAGCGCAAAACAGGAGACAUCGCAAAAAACAUCCUGGACAUGGACUGUGCUGACUUCAAGUGUGUUGAGUACACGUGUCCUCUGCAUCAUCUGAGCCCGGGGAGUAGCGCCAUCGUCAACAUCACCGUCUGGAUCCCAGGAAGCAACCUGCCCUUUUAUGAUCGGGUUGACUUCCUGAGGUACUACACUGAAGCCACCGUGAUCCAACCUGACCACCCCCUGCUCUACCCCUGGGGACAGGCUGUCGAGACGAAGGUAAUGACGCCAAUCUACCCAGAGAAUCCACCUGGCAAAGUCAACAUCUGGAUCAUCAUCGGCAGCGUCCUUGCCGGCAUCAUCAUCCUUAUCAUCAUUCUCCUCAUACUGUGGAAGUGCAACUUUUUCAAGCGUGAGAAGAAAGGCCAAGUCCAAAAAUGGAAGCGAGAAAGCGGUUACUACGGGAAAAAAACGUCAGGUGCUCCACGAAACAGCAAAGUCCCUGGAGAAUCGACCCUAGGAGAAUAGAGUUAGGGGUGGGGUGGGGUAUUAGAGAACCUAUAUGUAUUGUUGGGACUGAGGACCCCGGGAGUUUACCGUAAGUGACGCUGUGAUGACCGAAAUCCCCAGAGAGUUGUUGAUGUGGUGUGAUCAUCGGAAGUCAUUCACUUCGUGUUGCUCAUUUUAUAAUUUACUUUUUGUGUUACGUCCCAGUAGAACACAAAACAGAAGUACAAAAUGGUUUAACUCCACGUAUGAUAUUCUCUGAAAUGUAAAGCUGUGCCUUGGUCUGUGCAACGUCAAGUUAUUGCCAACUCCUGAAACAUGAUGCCUACUGCCUAGU